AUGUUGAUUGCUACUCAACCAGUCAUGCCCGUGGAUAACACACCCAUCACACUUGCCCCCCGACCCAACCUCACACGCACACCCGCACCCUCCCACCAACCCACACCCCACGGACACGGCCUCCGAGCCCCGACCGCCGAGCAGCAGAUGGCCAUAGAUGCCGUUGCCCGCGGCGACAAAGUCACCCUCAUGGCCUGUGCCGGUGCGGGCAAGACCUUCACCAUGCUGGCCAUCGUUGACCGCCUCAGUCGCGAGGCCAUAGGAAAAAGGAUCCUCAUUCUAGCCUACUCAUCGUGGCUCAAAACGGACACGCGCAAGAGGGCGGCGGCGGCUUGCGGUGGACGUCCAUAUCUUCCACUCGCUGUAUUCGGUUGUCACUGA